AUGAGCAAUUUUCGGGAUGAGGUCAUCAGAACCUUGGGCCUUACCGACCUACAUGUUGCUGUCAUUCGAGGCAAUGUUCGACGGGUACUCGAUAUCCUACGCUCGGAGGAUAAGAGGGAGCUAAUCGAAGCUCGCGAUUUGAAUGGCGCUACUCCUCUCAUGACAGCCGUCCUCACAGGGCAGCUUAAGAUUGCCCGACUUUUGCUGCGAAACGGGGCGUCGACAAGGGCCACAGAUCGCAAAGGGCGGACCGCCCUCAACUACGCAAGGACCGCUUGGUUCGAGGGUGAUAUGGCGGUUUAUAGACGCCUAGGUCUGCCUCCGUUGUCCCCCGAGAAGCGCGGCCGUAGGAGGCGUAAGAUAGCUGAGAUCUUACGCUACCCUGCAGCGCUCGCUUCGUGCCGCCUCGGGGGACGGCACCCAUGUUCCCGAGCGGUAUUCUAUAAAAAUGGCGACAAAAGAAAGGUCUUCCAGCCGGACAUGCAUAUCAGACACGGUAAAGAAAAAUGCGCCCGAUCGACGGUGGGCUUUAUCGUGUCUGCCACAAACCCGGAUGUGAAGACGGCUGCUAUAAGUGGAUGGCAGGAAAACAUCAAAAGAGAUCGAAAUGUCCUCUCCAAUGCCAAAUACACUCAACUUGUCAAAGACCUUGCGGAGAUCCUGGACUUCAACCUACAACCAAACGUCCGACUCGACAACCAGGGCAAAUAUGUGCCCGAGUACACAGGGCGCGGUCAAGCCACUCACGUGGAGAAGAAACUGGCCGUGUUCUGGGUGCUCGCCGCUCUCCAGGCAAUCCGCGAAACGAGUGACCUCAAACGGGUGGCCGAGUUACGCAAUGCGGCUAUACCAGAGGCGUGGAAGGACGCGUGGGUUUUUAUAGACCACAUUCCUUGCCCCAACGUGAGUUGUUCCGGGUACUGA